CGACUCUGUCCAUAACGUCAAGCUCUCUCAAGAGUCAACGUGCCCCGGGUCACACAUCUCCUCUCGCCUCCCUCGCCUUAGCAGCCGCAGCCGCCGCCGCCGCCGCCGUCGUCGCCCCUCCGUCGACUCACCUCGAUCCGAACCCCGGAAAUCCCCUCCCUUCCCUCUUCCGAACAUUGCCCAGGCAAUUGGCACCGUCGCAUCCCAUCCGAUCGAGAAAACAAAACAAUGCCUUCCGCGGCGCAGCUCCCCGUCACCAUGCUGGCCCUGGCGUCAACAAGGCCGAUCGCCAGAAGUUCCAUGCAGCAGCACGUCGGCAGACUGAUGGCCGCCAACGCCGUUCGCACCUACGCCUCGCCUGCCGGACCUCCGCCCCCCAACUUCCGCAUCAAGAGACACCAGACUUGGGACGAGGACCAGGAGUCGACGCUGAACAAGCUGGGCCGCUACUUCCUCAUGUCCGAGAUGGCGAGGGGAAUGUACGUCCUGAUGGAGCAGUUCUUCCGUCCGCCCUACACCAUCUUUUACCCCUUUGAGAAGGGCCCCAUCUCCCCCCGGUUCCGCGGCGAGCACGCCCUACGGCGCUACCCGUCCGGAGAGGAGCGCUGCAUCGCCUGCAAGCUCUGCGAGGCCAUCUGCCCGGCCCAGGCCAUCACCAUCGAGGCCGAGGAGCGCGCCGACGGCUCCCGCCGCACCACCCGCUACGACAUCGACAUGACCAAGUGCAUCUACUGCGGCUUCUGCCAGGAGUCGUGCCCCGUUGACGCCAUCGUCGAGUCCCCCAACGCCGAGUACGCCACCGAGACCCGCGAGGAACUGCUGUACAACAAGGAGAAGCUCCUGUCCAAUGGCGACAAGUGGGAGCCUGAGCUGGCAGCUGUCAUCCGCGCCGAUGCCCCCUACAGAUAAAAGACUGGCAGUGGGUGGACCUAAUUGAAUUGUCCGACCGGAAGGAGGGACGAGCCGAGAAAGAGGAGACCCAAUUGAGGAAUGAACGUCAUUUUUUGAAAACUCUCUCUUGUUUCUUUUUGCGGUUUAAUGCCUGGAGAGAGAGGGGUAGUUGGAUCCUUUGGUGGUGGUGAGCACACGGGAAGAUGGUCGAAAGGCAAAAUGAGCCACUGCCGCCGCCGCCACUGCCGCCGCCGCCGCCGCCGCCACAGCAGUAGUAGCAGCAGCAGCAGCAAUGGAUGGUUCUGCAAUGCUGGUGUAUGUGUACAGACAGGUCGGGAUCGGAUAGACUUGUGUAAAUAGCUCGCGAAAAAGCAUCCUUUUCUUUGUUCGUUGCCCGAUGUCCAAUUUCUGCGGGCAGUGGCACCGCACGCCAAUGGAUGUUAUCGAGGUUAAACCACUUGGAUAACGUAUGACGACAAGACACGCGGACAUGAUUCUAGAUUUCACCUUCAAGCUGGGGAAAUGAUUAUCAUUAGAAUAGCUGGCUAAGGCUUGUUUGUCCACUCCCACUCCAGCGGAUCAACAGCCGUCACAAGUAGCAUAUCCCACCAACGCCACGCUUUAAAUCAUGCCCGGAACGUACAGACCAACGCCUCCUAAACCUCACAAAUCCGGCGCUCGCUUUGUUCUUUUUUGGUUCUCAAAAUAGACACCAGUCCCGUAUCUAGUUCGACAUACUCAUCAUCAUGAUAUCUUUUGCU